AUGCAACACGACAAAUCUCUACCUCUUCUAGACAAUCCUGGGGCCGUUGAGGCCGCCUGCUUCGCUUCAGUUCAGCAACCAUGCUGCUCAAAAGGGGGGGUUCCGGGCAGGGACCUCGACAAGGCUCGUCUUGCAUACAAAACGAGAGACGUACACGCCACAAGGCAAGCGAACUUGGCUCCUGGAGAGGCGCAUAAUCACCACCAUCAACACAGCAACUACAAUGAGUUGGCAUGUGCUCAUACAGAGUCUCACAAGCAAACAUCUUCGGACUAUUUGAAAGCAAUAGUAUUUGGGGGUCUCGAUGGUAUUGUUACUAUUUUUGCUAUUGUUGCGGGGUGCGUCGGCGCCAACUUGCAUCCUUCAAAGGUUGUCAUCAUCGGAGUGGGAAACCUCUUAGCCGAUGCAAUCAGCAUGGGAUUCGGCGAGUUCGUCAGCUCUGCUGCAGAAGAAGAUUUUGUGAAAAGUGAGAGAGAAAGAGAAGAAUGGGAGAUAGAGAACUGCCCCAAUGAGGAGAAACAGGAAAUGGUAGAAAUAUAUAGAGAUCGUUACGGUUUCACAGAAGAAGAUGCAGACUGUCUCGUCAACAUAACCUUCAAAUACCGCGAGUUCUUUGUACAGCAUAUGAUGGUUGAAGAGCUGGGUCUGAUGGCUACGGAGGGCCCUAGCCCCAUAAGAAGAGGGGUGGUGAUGUUCGCAUCCUUCUCUAUUUUCGGGUUGCUGCCUCUUGCUGGAUUUGUUGCCUGGCUGACGUUGUCAGGCAUCGGCACAGACGGCCACUUGGCGUUCGCCAUGGCCUGCGUAAUCUCAGGAAUUGCGUUGUUCAUCUUGGGGUUCUUCAAGGGUCGUUUCGUUAACCAGAGUCCGCUGAAAUCAGGGCUUUUAAUGACAAUAAACGGAACGUGUGCAGGAGCUGUUGCAUACGCAGUUGGAGCAGCUCUAGAGGAUGUUGUUGGCACCUUGUAA